AUGGCUUUCUUUGACAAAUCAUCUCGCAACUCUCUUGUUCCUGGAUUUCUUUACUCAUCAAAUGCAUUCUCUCAUUUGGAUUCUUCUUCAAUCAACCAUGCACCAUCACCACUACCACGUAGGAACAAUAUUCCUAUGAUCCCUUCACCGGCGGAGAGUAGUAUCCCCAUGUUUUCACCUGCAUUCUACGCUGCAUGCAGCGCCGGUGGAGUCUUCAGCUGUGGCCUCACCCACAUGGCUGUCACUCCUCUUGAUCUCGUCAAGUGCAACAUGCAGAUUGACCCUGCAAAGUAUAAGAGCAUUACAUCAGGAUUUGGAGUUUUGCUUAAGGAGCAAGGUGCUAGAGGUUUCUUCAAAGGCUGGGUGCCAACUUUGCUUGGUUAUAGUGCUCAAGGAGCAUGCAAGUUUGGAUUUUAUGAAUUCUUCAAAAAGUAUUACUCAGAUCUUGCAGGAGUAGAGAAUGCAGUCAAGUACAAAACUUUCAUAUAUCUAGCUGGUUCGGCUUCGGCGGAAGUUAUUGCUGAUAUUGCUCUUUGUCCUAUGGAGGCUGUCAAAGUUCGUGUGCAAACUCAGCCUGGAUUUGCUCGUGGUUUGUCCGACGGGUUGCCCAAGUUUAUUAAGGCUGAUGGUGUUUCCGGGUUGUAUAAAGGACUCGUUCCUCUCUGGGGCCGUCAGAUACCGUACACUAUGAUGAAAUUUGCUUCCUUUGAGACUAUUGUGGAGAUGAUCUACAAACAUGCCAUUCCAACUCCGAAAGCGGAAUGCAGCAAAAGUAAGCAGCUUGGAGUGAGUUUUGCAGCAGGAUAUGUUGCAGGUGUACUGUGUGCUAUUGUCUCACACCCUGCUGAUAAUCUUGUUUCUUUUCUCAACAAUGCCAAGGGAGCCACUGUUGGUGAUGCAGUGAAGAAGAUUGGAGUAGUUGGUCUUUUCACUCGCGGCCUUCCUCUUCGUAUAGUUAUGAUUGGAACAUUAACCGGAGCUCAGUGGGGUCUCUAUGAUUCGUUCAAAGUAUUUGUAGGAUUGCCAACUACUGGUGGAGCUGCUCCUGCACCAGCCCCUACACCUACCAAUUAG